AUGCCGGGUGCCAGAAUGACUUUUGCCAGGUUCCUGGACUGCGUGCUCGCCUUGCUCCUCUGCCUGCUAUCCAGUCUCCAACGAGUAAUCGCCAACCAGGUUAUAAUCAAAUGCAACACCCUGAUCUUGUUCAUUGUCUUCAUGGUCAUGAUACCGCUGUUGUUCAUCUGGAGCUUGGUGAAGCACUUCUGUUUCAAGUGCAGAGAGCCAGAGGAGAACCUCAGAAGGAAUCUUCAGAUACCUCCAGAAGCACCUACCAUUGCUCCCAUAGAUAUGAUGUGGGUCAACAUCUUGGAUCCCCCACCACCCUAUGUUGAGGUCAUCUUGAAUCCUGAAGAACCACCUCCUCCCUACAGCCUCAGGCCUGAGGACCCUGCUGGUCAAAUGAGAUGCACUUACAGCACAGCCUUUUGA